AUAAUAUAACAUUAUCUUUUCCCAGAGCUGUAAUUAGACUUAUUGAAAGCCAUGGAUACUGACCGUGAGAAGUUUCGUAGCUAUGUGCAAAAAAGUGGCAUCAUGUCUGCUCUGACAAACAUUCUGGUGAAACUUUAUGAACAGCCACUCAAGCCUGACGACCCUCUUGGCUUUAUUCGCAGAGAGCUGGAGAAGAACUCAGAUGAAGCUGAUAAAAUCAAAACUCUGGAGGCAAAGGUGUCAGAGCUGGAGGCCCAGAAAGCAAGCCUAGAAGAACAACUACGAGCCUACAGAGACAAGGAAGAAUCUUGCAUAGAAGACAAAUCAUGACCAGCUACUCAAUACCUUCAGUGUAUCUCAUAACAUAAUGGAUUAUUAAUGUCUAUUUCUUUCAUUUUCUCCAAUUAUACAAAUUUUUAUUCACUCAAGUGCGA